AUGUCGGCAACCCUAGCCUUCUCCGGCCUCUCCUUCUCCUCCUCCUCCCCCAAGCUCCCCUCCACCUCCCUCCCCCGCCGCCAGCUCAGGGUCUCCGUCAGGGCCUUCGCCGAGACGGAGCGGCGUCCGAUGAUCGCGUCGCCGACUCCGGCGAGCCUCUACGAGGUUCUAAGGGUGAGGACCAACGCAUCGCAGACGGAGAUCAAGUCGGCGUACCGGAGCCUGGCGAAGCUGCACCACCCGGACGCGUCGUCGUCGUCGGAAACCGAAUCGGACGGCCGGGAGUUCAUCGAGAUUCACAACGCGUACGCCACGCUGUCGGAUCCGGCGGCCAGGGCGAUGUACGACCUGUCGCUGAGUGGGCGCGUGGAAUUCGAUCGCGGGAUAAGCGCGGUCGGGUUUAGGCCCAAUGGGUUUUAUUCGACCCGGAGGUGGGAAACGGACCAGUGCUGGUAG